AGUGACGGAUACUUUAAAGGUGAUGGAUAAGCGGGACUUAUUGCUUGACGAUUGGGAGUGGGAGACCUUGGCUGGUGCAAAAGCUCUCCUUAAACCAUUCGAUAUCCUUACUCAAGACUUAAGCUCCCAGUAUUAUCCAUCCAUCUCUAAGGUUCUUCCGUCCAUCAGACUACUUCAGGAGCACCUGACAGAGAUCCGCAAUCACGAGUUCAAUGAUGUUCUUAUAAUGAUGUGUAGUGCACUGAAUUUGAACAUGAAAGAUCGUUUUGUGGAUUUCUAUCAGAAUUCUUCGCAUAUAGUGUCGAGCUACCUGGAUCCUCGCUUUAAGACCGAAUAUCUUUCUCCGAACCAUUCGUCCGUCGGUGCAGAUUUUGCAGAAAAAAGGGUUGUCGUGGAAAUGAGAAAUUUAACAAACUUGAAUUGUCAAGACGGUCACGAUUCCGUCGGACAGCACUCCCUAAGUUCGAUAUCGAGUGAUGACAUUCGUGCUCUUCACGACAACCGUAUUUCUCAGUUAAAUCUGAAUCGAGGUGGCCAAGGAAGAAGUGCAUCAGCCAAUUACAUCAUUAUUACUAAUGAAUAUAAAAAGCUGCCACUUCUUCCAUGGUCUAAGGAUCCACUAGAAGCGUGGCGAUCAAAGCAGAAAGAUGGAAUUUUGCUGCCAAUGAUCCCCGUUUUAAAAAAGUAUGCCUGUAUCCCUGCUACCUCUGUUCCAUCGGAACAGUUAUUUUCCUCGGCCGGAGACCUUGUGCGGGAAAAAAGAAGCCAGCUCUCUCACAAACAUGUGAAUGUCCUGCUCUUUCUUUACAAAAAUGCAUAG